CUGUUAUCAGCGACUCCCGCUUCACUCCCAGCAUAGAGCGAGUGAAUUUAUGAAAAGGCGAGCCGAGCCUUUUAAUGGUUCCCAUCAAAACCAUCAUCAGAUCGUCCGAUUUCCGCGAGGAUUCCUGAGGCGGACGCAUGCAGCCUUCUCCCAGCUGACAGACUCCGAGCAAAGCAAACACGCGGAGAGGCGUUUUGGAGUUUUUGCCGAGCUCUUCACUCCCGAGAGAGAACUUCGCUUUCGUUCAAGUUUUUUCUAACAUUUCAAGAGUCUUCCUCCGGGCCCAGGAUACUUUGGAAAAGGCGGCAGAAGUGGCCAGGCUCCUGAAUCCCAGCAGUCCGCUGUGCGCCUGCAUUUACUCGCCUUUACUACUCCCGCUAGUUUCCUUCCAGUUUCUGUCCCAGCGAGUUUGGCGGUUCAUGUUCACAGAUGUUAGCGGUCGGGCAGAUGGAGGCUAACCGGCAGAGUGCUUUCGUACUGGGCAGCACCCCGCUGGCGGCGUUGCACAACAUGACCGAGAUGAAGACGUCCCUGUUCCCGUACGCGCUGCAGCAGAGCCCGGCGGGCUUCAAGGCGCCCCCGCUGUCCAACCUCAACUCUCAGUUCUCCGGGGGGACCCCGCACGGAAUAAGCGACAUCCUGGGGAGACCAAUUACCACCGCCGGGCAGCUGUUGUCCGGAUUUCCGCGGAUAAACGGCCUGGCAACCACCGCGGCCGCAGCAGCGGCGGGGAUGUACUUCAGCCCGGCGGUGUCGCGGUAUCCGAAGCCACUGGCCGAGCUACCGGGGCGGGCACCCAUCUUCUGGCCCGGGGUGAUGCAAGGCUCUCCGUGGAGGGACCCUCGGGUUCCUUGUCCUACUCAGGCUAACAUGAUGGUGGACAAGGACGGGAAGAAGAAACACUCCAGGCCGACGUUUUCAGGACAGCAAAUCUUUGCACUGGAAAAAACUUUCGAGCAGACAAAAUACCUGGCCGGCCCGGAGAGAGCCCGGCUGGCCUACUCUUUAGGAAUGACCGAGAGUCAAGUCAAGGUUUGGUUUCAGAACAGAAGAACCAAAUGGCGGAAGAGGCACGCAGCGGAAAUGGCCUCGGCUAAGAAGAAGCACGACUCCGAGACGGAGAAAAUGAAGGAGAGCUCUGACAACGAGGAGGACGACGAGUACAACAAACCCCUGGACCCAAAUUCAGACGACGAAAAAAUCACGAGACUCUUGAAAAAGCACAAGGCUACCAACCUGGCGCUGAUCAGCCCCUGCAGUAACAGCUCGGACACCUUGUGAUCCCCACAGCCUGAGAGGGACCCAGAAAAGGGGUCCCCACGAAGACUUGUCGCACUCUUUCCGAGCCCAUCUCCACCUGACAUUUCCAACAUGCCUCUUAAGGGAUCACCUUUAUUCCCCCACCCCCCCACACACCCUCAAGCAGAGAUAGAAAAAUGCGCAAAACUCCCAAGCCUGCGUCCAGACGCACGGGAAAAACCGAAAAGGUGGCCAAGCGGAGACGCACAUGGUUGCAUCCAAACUCACCCAGACGCUGCUGUAUGCGGAGCUAUAACUGUGUUUCCUCCUGGACUUGAGAAAGACUGAUGAGGACAUGUUUAUGCAGCUGAAAGGACACUGAUGCUGGGAACGGAAACUGUCCUGGAGACGCAAAUGAGUUUUUACGCAUACAGGCAGAGUUUUAACAGGUGUAAAUGUAAAGAAAAUAUUCUUUAAAAAAACAACCCUACUUUGGAUCAGUGCUGAGCUCAAAACGUUUACACUUUAAGUCAUUGCACUUGUUGCAUUAUUUUUACAGCUUGUCACGUUACGUCACGGUUUCAGCUCCUAAUGUGACCUCUAAAUGUUUUAUUACAUUUCGGUAUUCAUACGUUCAUCUGAAGAGAUUGCACACUUUUUAAAAAUUUUGUUUUUUAUUUUACACGUAUUAACAGAUUUUUUUUGUUUGUUUUGUUUUUGUUUAUUUUAGUAGCACACUGAUCCAGAUCCCGGGCGCAUGUUUUAAAUGGCAGGUGCAAACGGGGCCUGUGACGCUUCUAAAGCUCAGUUUAACCAGGGUAUCCACUGUCCUAAAAGGCAACAGACUAAACUGUUUGAAGGGGGCAGGUUUGAGACGAGUGACUGAUUUUUGUGCUGUAGCCUGCAGAUGAACAUGUAUGUGAGAUUGUGUGUAUAUAUAUUUUUUACUGAGUAAGUUAUGAUUUGAGCAGCGGAAACGUGGCAGCAUUGGGCUCAUCACUCCCUCCGAUACCGCUUUUUAAUUUUUUUCUUCCUGCUGAGUAAAGUCACGUUUUAUUGAACUCUACAUUUCAUUACAGAAACACUAUUGUAUAAAAUGCUAAAUGCUGUAAAUAAUGACUGUAAACAAACAAACCAAGAAAAACCACACAGCUUGUUUUUUAACAUCACUUUUAUUUAGUUUGACAGAGUUUCUGUUUUACCUCAUCACGCAGCCGAGCAGAGAACCGGAGCAUCGUUUUAAGUUGGAUCUAAAGAGUAUUAUCGCUUCCGGAAGGUUAUAGGAAGAAAAAGAAAAAAGUAAACCCCCUUUGUAUUAUGAAUAAAUUAUUU